CUUCUCUUCCCACCACCUCAUGGCUCGCGCCUGCGAAGCUUUCCAUCUUCACAGACCGCCGGUGGCUCAGUGUCAAGGAUCUUGAUUGGGUUCCAGCUGCAAUCAUGUCUUCAGCAAACUACGUAAUGUCUCCCUCUUCCCCAACAACCACGCCAACAUGGCAUCCGUUUGAGCGGAAGGUCGACGAGGUGAAGCCGUCCAAAACUGAUAUCAAUCAUUUGGUGAUGGACUACCUCAUUACCAAUGGCUACCCGGCUGCGGCGAAGAAAUUUGCCCUGGAAGCCAACAUCCAACCUAGAGCUGAUAUCGAAGCGAUUCAGGAAAGAGUCGAGAUUCGUACUGCGAUUCACUCUGGGAAUAUACAAAUGGCCAUUGAAAAGAUCAAUGAGCUCAACCCUCAGAUCUUGGAUGAGAAUCCUCCCUUGCACUUUGCCUUGCUGCGUCUGCAGCUGGUUGAGCUGAUCCGCUCGUGCACCUCUACGCCUGAUGGAGACAUCAGUCCAGCCCUAGAGUUCGCAACCUCGCAACUCGCUCCACGGGCGCCCACCAACCCGCACUUUUUGGAAGAUCUCGAGAGGACCCUCGCACUCCUGAUCUUUCCCGCGGAUAAUCUUUCCCCGUCAUUAGCCCCUCUGCUCCAACCCGAGCUCCGUAAAGAUAUUGCCAAUCGUGUGAACGAGGCGAUCCUGCAAAACCAAGGAGACUGUAAAGAAGCGCGCCUGCGCAACCUGGUCAAGCUGCGCGUCUGGGCAGAGCAGAAGGCUCGCGAGGCUAAGAAGGAUAUUCCCGAGAAGCUGAACCUUGGCUUGGGGGACAAUAAUUCUACCUCUAGCAGCCAUAACAGUAACCCUGGGACCAGUCAGAAUGGCUCCAACGACACUGUAAUGACCAAUAGUGGGGAGGUCGACCCCAUGAUUUCGUGAUGCCCUGGCGGUCUCGCUGUGAUUCCAGCAUGGAGUUUGGAGUGUCGGUUUCUGGGUCCAAUUGAUUCAUUCAUCAUACAUCAUAUCAAUCUGGUCUGACGAAGUUAGAAGCUUUGCGUCUAUGGCGUUGACAUGGUGCUUCAUCUGCGGAGCAUAGUCGUCGAUUCGUCUUGGCGCUUGCUGUCAAUUUGAACGAUUGGCGCGGCAAGAGCUUGAUUUAAAUACAAAAGCUCCAGAAGA